AUGGCAUCCCCCGCCGUUUCGCCUGCUGGCUCAGAUACCAGCAGCGCAUCAGCAUCAUCAGCAUCAGCGUCAGCAGCGUCAAGUGUUGUUUCUGGUACUGCUACCACUGUACUACCGACCGAAAAUAAUGUGCGCCAACCACUUCCCGCACGGCCUCGGUACACCGCCGAGGAGGAGGCGUGGAUUAUUAAAUACGCGAAUGACAAUCCGGAAAAGACCUGGCAGCACAUCACGGAUGGGUUUAACAUCGCAUUCAACCAGAAGCGCACUCUUAAGGGAAUGCAGAUCAAGGGAUACUCUCUCUUUGAGGCUAAGGGGAAAAACGGGGCUCUAGGAAUGCCGGCUGGUUUGCGUCAAUUGCGCAAGAAAGAUGAGGUAGAGGAGGAUAAUGAUGAAGAUCAAGAUGAUGAUGACGAAGAUGAUGAUGACGACGAGAGCGAAGAGUCGGAGCAAAGCGGAAACAACCAGGCCGCGUCUGUUGGGAAGCGCUACACGCGCGCACAGGAGGAAUGGCUGCUGGCUUAUGUUGCCAAUACAGCAAAAACGGGCAGGCGCAAGGAUUGGGUUAGCACUGCGGCGGCCUUCACGGCGAAGUUUGGAUUGGAGAGGGCGCCGAUGUCGCUUAACAACAAGUGGACGCAUCUUAGCAGGCAGUCGUCUGCGUCGUUUCAGGGGAAAAACGAGCAGGAGGCAGACGACCAAACGAGGGGCCAUCUGCACAGCAGAGAGCAGGAUAAGAUGCAGUAUCUGCAGUUUCAAGAGCAUAAAAUGGAGGGGGGCGGAAAUGGGGCCGGCCAGUUGAUGUAG